ACGGCUGACAAGAUGGCCGACUUUGUCAAGNNGAGCCUUUUCGGAGGCGCAAACCCAUCUCCCGUCAACGCCGCCCCGUCGGCCGACUCGGACUGCCANGACUUUGCCGACUUCGCCGACGCUCCUUCUCCCAAGCCGGCAUCUCUGUCGAGCACUCUCACUACUCCUCCCGCAUACCAGACCUUCGGCGCAAAGAUUGACAUCUCGGAUCGUCCCUUCACCAAGUGGUACAAUGUCCACGAGCGCGUGACCUGGAGCGACUUCAAGACCGAAGCCUUCGUCGUCCCCUUCCUCUUGCUCACCAUCUUCAUUCACUUCUGGGGUGUCCGCGCCAACCGCCGUCGCGCCAAUGCCUGGAUCCGCAGCCACGUCAAUGUUCUCGAGAACGAGUUCGCUCAUGUUGGCUUUGGCAAGAAGCUCGACCUCGCAAACGUUUCUCCCGAUGUUGCCAUGUCUGCUGGUGACAAGAUCAACCCUGAGGUUCUGCGCGAAAAGUCCAAGGACGUCUUCCUCGGUUACGCUACCGGUCGCCAGAACGUCGCUUUUGUCGACGUCAAGCUCAACCUGCUGAAGCGCUACAACCCCUUCUCCAUGAUUGCUGAACUCGGCCUUGGCUUCUUCUUUGAGAGCAUGGCUGGCAGCGGCGAAAAGGCCGAGAUCACCGCUUACACUUUUGACGGCAAGGAGGCUCAGUUCAUUCCCCGCGCUCGCGGUGAGGACGAGAAGCGUUUCAAGGACACUAGCUACGAUGGUUUCAUCUUUGCCAUUGUCAACAAGGACUCUAUGAGAAAGGUGCGCGAGGAACGCUACGACGUCUCUCUGACCACCACCAAGGACCACGCCAAGCUCCCUCCAUGGGUCAGUGUCAUGAGCGAGAGCGCCGAGGUUACCGAGGUCCUCUUGACCCAGGAGCUGGCAAACGCCAUCAAGGAGUGCGGCGACGAUCUCGAGUCUCUGGUAGUCACCGACAUGCCCNNUCUUGACGAUUUGGUUCCCAAGAAGCGUCUCACGCUCACUCUGAAGCUCAACUCUGGCACCAACACGAGCUCUCUCUUCUCGUACUUCCUUCGCAUGCCCGAUCAACUCGUUUCCAGCGCUCACUUCCGUCCCGAGGUCAUGCGCCGUAUUCGCCAAACGCGCGAGGAGGAGGCCAAGAAGGUGCGCAAGAUGAUCGAGGCAGAGGGCGCCGAAGACAGAAAGUUGCUCAGCGACAAGGCCAAGAAGGAGCAGCGCGACCGCAAGCUCAAGGGUAUGAGCGCUGAUGAGCAGAAGCGCUUCCUCGAAAGGGAAAGAGAAAAGGAACAGAGAAAGAGGACAGGCAAACAGUCGAUGCGCGCCUAG